CUCCCCUUUAUGCAUGAAUGUAGCCAGGUGAGGUCCUCAAUAUAGUAGGUGGCGGUAUGCACCUUUAACGAUGGUCUGUAACCCGCCAUAAAACUAGAAGAACAAGAAGAAGAACAAGAAGAAGGUGGUUCGAGAACUCCGAAUAGAUCGCUUCCUCAAUGUGUGAUAACAUCCUGUUACUCCCUACAUCCGUUAACAACAAUUAUUGGCGCCUUCCAACAGACGAAAUGAUUGACAAAACUUUGCUAUGUUCUCACUUCAUUUCAUAUGAAUUUUCUGAUAAUUCAACUACAUUGAUUUAAAACAACGACCUACAUAUGGAGAUUCUGGACGCUGACAAGGACUGUUGGGAGAUUAAGAGAAAGAGAAAACAUGAAGAACAUCAGGAGUCAGCAGAUGCAGAUGUCCUCCAUACCAAAUCGAGGACAACUAGACCUACGUCCAUCAUGAAAGUAAGAAGGGCUGAAACUGAACCGUCUAUUUUCUCUACUGAAUUUGGAAGUUUACCCAGCCAGACAGGAUUUCGGAAGUUUGUACGUCAGUACAAGUUGUCAGUCAAACAGAAGCAUGACAGUGAGUGGAGCUUCCUGUCUGGUGAACAAGAGUCAUUGUAUGCUCUGUAUACUGAACCACUGAUCAUUCAGAAAAAUGAAGAUGGCUGUUUUAAAAACACCCAUGUGUACGAGUUUUUCCAGUUGGGUGGGGCAGUGACUGUCAUUCUCCAAGGCGACUCUGGCAGUGGCAAAUCCUUCAUAGCACAAAAGAUCAUGUUGGACUGGGCAUCUGAAAUGUUUUCUGCUAGUCGUUUUGAUCUAGUUUUCUAUCUGAGGUGUGAAGAGCUGAUGUGUAUUUCUGAGGAGAUUAACUUAAUUGAGCUCUUGAGCUACAGCUGCAGUUUAACAUCUGAUCAGAUCUCACAGAUGUUACAGCAGUUACCAGAGAAUGUGCUUUUCAUCAUUGAUGGAUUUGAUGAGUUGAAACUCACACAGGUAAUUUAUGAAAUGUCAGCACACACUCAUCCACUUCAAAAAGCACCACCUGAGGUCAUUCUUUGUGGCCUAAUAAGGAAAUACCUCAUCCCUGAGUCCAUACUGCUGGUUACCACCAGAACUAAGAACACUGUGAACAAGCUGCUGAAAGGAAAACAGUGUUUCACUGAGAUCAUGAGUUUCUCUGAGAAGAAGGUGGAGGAGUACUUCCAGAAGUUCUUUAGGAAAGAGUAUGACUGUGUGAGAGCAAAUGAAACCCUUUUCACUGCCUGUUCCAUUCCUGUUAUCUGCUGGAUCAUCAGUGAGAUGUUCAGAGUUGGUGCAAAUGUAACAAGUGGACUGGAAACCACCACCUCCAUCUACAUUGACUUUGUAUCCACUCUACUGGAGCAUCACUGCCAGGGUUUGAGCAGGUCCGUCCCGACCCUGCUGAGGAGUCUGGGUCAGCUGGCAGAGAGAGGGAUGCUGGAACAGCAAGUCUUGUUUGAUGAGAAAAGUAUAAAAGAAACAGUUUCAGACCCUGCUGACAGUCCAUUCCUGUGCAAGUUCCUCUCUAGGAGAAGAAUCCAUCAGGAAACGAUGUUCAGUUUCAUGCAUCACAGCUUUCAGGAGUUCUUCACUGCUCUGUACUAUGUCCUUCUGGAUGAAGAAGAGUCCCAGAGGAAAGUGACAGAGCUUCUUAACACUGUAGAGAGAGGAUGGGCUUUGUCCUGUUGGUCUGAUAGAGACUUUUCAAUGGCAGAUGUAAAAAUAAGACAUGCAAAGCUUCUGCAGCCUGUGAUUCUGUUCCUCUGUGGUCUCUGUAAGAAAGAUGGGAUCGCCACAUUCAUUGAAAAGUACAACAUGGCAGUUUCUAGCAACAUAGGAACCCAGCUUAAGGAGUGGCUCCAUCAGUGCUCACAGAGAUAUCAAAAUGAACACAUGUUGUUCAUUCUCCAUUGUCUCUAUGAGCUCCAUGACAAGAGCUUUGUUGGGAAAGUUUUGGAAGGUUUAAUUUUGAUAGAUCUGUCUACUUUGCCUCUGAAAAUGACAGACUGUUGGGUGUUGAAGUACUGUUUACAGUGCUGUGAACACAUCGAAAACCUGAAACUCCAUGUAACAUCUGAAAAUCUGAAGAUGCUUCAGCCUGAACUGUACUGCUGUGAAGAGUUAUGGUUGAUGAUGAAUUGCAUUCCAGAUGAUGAUGUUGGUUUGAUUUCAUCUGCUGGCAAAGGAAAGAUUCUCAAUAAAUUGAUUAUAAAGGAGCUUGGAAACCGUGGAAGUGUAUUCUGCCCAGAGAUCACUCUGUCGGUCAGAGAUGAAGACAUCACGUUGUCUUUGAGCACAUCAGAGAUCAUAGAAACAUCAUUAAAGACGGAAUUAACUCUAACCCGUCCAAACUCAGUGGUUUCCACCAUCAACUGGGUGAAAUCACAGAACGAGUCGGAAUUGUACAUGUUUAAUCUUUUUGAUCUUGAGGAAAAGGGACUUCGUCUGUUGACGUUCCUGCAAUCAGUGUUUGAUUUGAAGAAAGUCUGUCUGCAGGCCUCAGAUCUGACUACAUUUGGCCCUUUAAUCCUGUCCCUUAUUCAGGCCUGUCCCAGCCUGAUUGAACUCAGUAUAAAUUUUAGAUAUCCAUUCAUGGUGCAAAUCAUGUCCCUGAAGGAAUCAUUGAGGCAGAUGGGUUGGACUCUGACUGUCUGGGGGGAAUCAGUAUUGAUUCAACAAGAAGGGGAGAGAUUCACAGAGGAGGAGCUGAAGGUGAAUAGAGAAAAGAGUGAGUGCAGAAUAGGAGAGAGUUCAGAUUCUGUGACUUAUUCAUCAUUAAGAGAUGAAUCAUCAUCAGCACAAUCAUCCUCAGAAGAUGCAGAAGUGUUUACACCUGAACUACUUCAGGGAGAUGAUGAGAAACACAAGAAAACAUAUAGGUUUGUGUGUCCACAUGCUGGUCAGUUUCAGUGCAGUCUGACCAACCUUGUGUUUGUGAUGGAGGGUGAAGGAGAGGUGCUCUAUAAAACUGUCUCAUGGGAUCCUCGUCUGUUAGAUGGUUUGGGUCAGAUGCAGCCUGCAGGACCCUUGUACAACAUUGACUGUUUUCAUGGUUCAGUCUCAAGACUGCACCUUCAACACUGUGAAAUAUUCACUGAGGAAAACAAGGAUGGUUUGGCUGUAGCACAUUUAACUGGCGGUAAUAUAGCAAUAAUGCAGCCUCUCCAAGUGACUGAAACUCAUGUGAUGAUUGACAUCAGAGAUCUCUCCAUCUUUGGGCUCAUAAAAAGGAUGAUCUUUCCUCCUUCCCCUGUUGCUGCCCAAGUGCUUGUCUUUCUGCGUCCGAUAACUUUCAGACAAAGAGAAAACAUACUGGAUGUCCAUUUGCUCCCGUGGAAUGUUCCACUGUCAGAGCGACAUCGCUUCUCUGAUGAUGUGUUUACUGGCAGGAGGACGGGACAACCUGUCACUCACAUGAGAUCAUAGCAAUAGCAAACCACAACGAUCAAAUCAAUUCCCGAUGGACAAAAUUAAGUCCUGCCCUACAUUUUUUUUCUUGUUCGAUAAGCUGUUUAACUCAGAUAAACAUCGAUGAGCCAAAACAUUAUGACCACCUGCCUAAUAUGCUGUUGGUCCUCGGUGUACUGCUAAAACAGCACCGACUGGACGAGGCAUAGACUCUACAAGACUCCUGAAGAUGUCCUGUGGUAUCUAGCACCAAGACAUUAGCGGCAGAUCAUUCAAGUCCUGUAGGUUACGAGGUGGAGCCACCGUGACUCAAACUUGUUGGUCUAGCACAUCCCACAGAUUUUCAAUUGGAUUGAGAUCUGGGGAAUUUGGAGACCAGAGCAACAUCUUGAACUCUUCAUGUUCCUCAAACCAUUCCUAAACAAUGUGCAGUGUGACAAGCUGCAUUAUCCUGCUGAAAGAGGGUACUUCCACCAGGAAAUACCAUUGUCAUGAUGGGGUGUACCUGGUCUGCAACAAUCUUUAGGUAGGUGGCACAUGUCAAAUUUAUGUCCACAUGAAUGGCCAGACCCAGGGUUUCCCAGCAGAACUUUGCCCAGAGCUUCAUACUCCCUCUACCGGCUUGUCGUCAUCCCACAUUGCAUCCUGGUGCCAUCACUUCCCCAUGUAAAUGACGCACAUGUACAGGCUAUCCACGUAACAUAAGAAAAAAUGGGACUCGUUGGACCAGGCAACUUUCUUCCACUGUUCCGCUGUCCAGUUCCAACGCUCGUGUACUCAACUUAGGCGCUUUCAAUAGUGGACAGAGGCACUCUGAUUGGUCUGCUGCUAAGUAGCCCCAUACACAGCAGUGGCACAUUCCUCCCUUAGCUAUCAUUAAAAUUUUAUGUCAUUUGUGCUACAGUAGACCUUACGUUGGCCUGGACCAGGUGGGAUAAAGUCUUGUCAAAUUGCUCAGAUCUUUAUUCCUGCCCAUUUCUCCUGCAUCCAACACAAUGAUUACGAGAACUGAUUGUUUGCUUACCAACUAAUCUACCCAGACCUUAAUAUGUGGCCUUGUUAGGAAAUGAUCAGUGAUAUUCACUUUACCUGUGACUGGUCAUAAUGUUUUGGCUUAUCAGUGUACAACACAGUAGGAAAGAAGAGAAUAUUUCAUACUUUUCAUACCAACUUUAAACGUGGGAGUGAAUCCGGUUAUUUAUUGUUCACUAGUAAUUAGUUCUUAGUCACUAGCUAUGUUUCCAUCCAAAGUUGUGAAUUUAAAAAUUGGAAUAUUGCAUAAAAUAUUUGUUAAUAAAUCACUGUUUUCAUCCCAUGUGUUCAAGAGAACAAAAUAAUCACUUCCUGGGAAAUUGCCGCAAAAUAUCUAAUAAAAAUGGAAGUUGCUGCAA